GAUGUGCGCCAUCUUGAAAAGAAAUAAAAUCACGGGCAAUUCUGGUUGCUCUGAUUCUUAAGACUAAUCACUUUUCUUCUGUGUCAGUAACCCUGUAAUACCCACGAUAUAGCUGUAAUAAGGUUCGGAAUAAUCCCCAUUGACGCCAGUUUUGCUGCAGAACGAAGCAAUGGCAGGUGUCGGAGGAGGGAACGAUUUCCAGUGGUGUUUCUCUCAAGUGAAAGGAGCGAUAGACGAGGAUGUGGCGGAAGCGGACAUUAUCUCAACAGUCGAAUUCAACUACUCGGGAGACCUAUUAGCCACUGGAGAUAAAGGGGGGCGAGUCGUCAUAUUUCAGAGAGAACAGGAGAGUAAAAAUCGACCGCUUUCCAGGGGAGAAUACAACGUGUACAGCACUUUCCAGAGUCACGAGCCAGAGUUUGAUUAUUUGAAAAGCUUAGAAAUUGAGGAGAAAAUCAACAAAAUCAGAUGGCUACCACAACAAAACGCUGCUCACUUUCUGCUUUCUACGAAUGACAAAACCAUAAAGUUAUGGAAGAUAAGUGAAAGGGACAAAAGAGCGGAGGGCUACAACCUAAAAGAUGAAGACGGAAGGUUGCGGGAUCCUUUCAGAAUCACGUCACUAAGGGUGCCUGUCUUGAUGCCAAUGGACUUGAUGGUGGAGGCCAGUCCACGGAGAAUAUUUGCGAACGCACACACAUAUCACAUCAAUUCCAUUUCAGUAAAUAGCGAUCAUGAAACAUACCUAUCUGCAGACGACCUAAGAAUAAACCUAUGGCACUUAGAAAUUACAGAUAGAAGUUUUAACAUUGUAGAUAUAAAGCCUGCCAACAUGGAGGAGUUGACGGAAGUGAUCACGGCUGCCGAGUGCCACCCCCACCAGUGCAAUGUAUUUGUGUACAGCAGUAGCAAGGGCACCAUCCGCCUGUGUGACAUGCGCGCCGCAGCCCUCUGCGACAGACAUAGCAAAUUUUUUGAGGAGCCAGAGGACCCCAGCAGCAGGUCUUUCUUCUCGGAAAUCAUCUCCUCGAUAUCAGACGUCAAGUUCAGCCACAGCGGGCGCUACAUGAUGACUCGAGACUAUCUCUCAGUGAAGGUCUGGGACCUCAACAUGGAGAACCGCCCAGUCGAGACGUACCAGGUCCAUGAAUACCUCCGGAGCAAACUGUGCUCGCUGUAUGAGAACGACUGUAUCUUCGACAAGUUCGAGUGCUGCUGGAACGGUUCUGACAGUGCCAUCAUGACCGGCUCCUACAACAACUUCUUCCGGAUGUUCGACCGCUCCACGCGGCGGGACAUCACGCUGGAGGCGUCGCGGGAGAACAGUAAACCGCGCGCCGUCCUCAAGCCGCGCAAGGUCUGCACCAGCGGCAAGCGGAAGAAGGACGAGAUCAGCGUGGACAGCCUGGACUUCAACAAGAAGAUCCUGCACACCGCCUGGCACCCCAAGGAGAACGUCAUCGCCGUCGCCGCCACCAACAACCUGUACAUAUUCCAGGACAAAAUCAACUAAAAAAAAAAAAAAAAAUUACAGAAAUACCGUUAAAUUUACAACUUACGUCUACUACUACUACAGUGGGAAGAGAGAGGACGAGAGAUAUGAUGAAAGAAAUUAACUACUACAAGCGGAAGGAAGGAAGAGAGGAAAAAAAGAGAGAAAUUUAAAAGCAAGGAAAGAAAAAAAAGGUCGCGACCCCCCCCCCUGUCCUGUCCCCACCCACCCCUCCUCCCUCCUCCUCCUCCAAGUCAAAUAACGACCCCAUCCACCUCCCGCCUUUGGCGUUGAACUGGACAAAAUCAUUAAAUUAAAUAAACUACUACUACAGCGGGAAGGAAGAGAGAAAAUAAAUUAAUGAGUUAUGGUGAAAGAAAUUUAAAAACAAGAAAAGAAAAAAAUAUCGCCCCCUGCCUGCCCUGCCCUGCCCUGCCCUGCCACCUGCGUCCUCCUCCUCCUCCUCAAAGUCAAAUAAUGCCCCCAUCCAUCCACCUCUCGCCCUUGGCCUUGGCGCUGAACUGAGGACACGAAAUCUUGUACUUUGCAUAGUUAAUCCUAGUCGUUAAAUCUGUAAGACGAAACUAUGGCCUUUGCUGUCCUCCGAAUUAAAUAUGAUGCACUUGUUUUCAAUGUGUAGCGGAGGGGAAUUAAAAAGACCGCCUGUUUUUCUUUAUUCUCUUUUCUUCUUCUUUCUUGCAUUUUUAUUUUCUCCCUCUCUUUUCCCUAACUUUUCGUUUUUGGGUCCCAAAAAGAAUCCAGAAUAUUUCUCAUAAUUUCCCCACCCCCCCUCCAUCAACCCCAACACUGCUCUGGUCUCAGCGAACCUGAAGAAGAAGACGACCGCCCUACUUCAACCCUUAAAACAGGUUACACACAACAGGUUAAAUCCCAUUUCCCCAAGGAGAGCUCUCUAUGAAAGAAAGGCUUUAAACUCGCCUCAACGUUUAAAUCUUAUUUAUUUAAGUUGGAAUCCACGUUUGUUUUGAAUAUAUAGAUAUAUAUAUGGCCAACAGAAAUUUUGGAAUUCCCUGCCUCCUCCACCCCAAAUAUCCUCAUGCGGAGUGAGUCUCUCCUGUGUAAGUCGGGAUGCAAUGACAUUUGCUUGGUAAUGCCUAGUAACAUUCCUUCUCUGGCCCAGCGCUCAGACCUUGCAGUGUUUUGACUUUUUAAGCACUUAAACAGGUCUCCAUUUCGGUCAGUGGACAGUCAAUGUUGUGAUUUUUCUUUUUUUAUGUUUUAUUCUCUUUCUCCAUUUCUCAUGCAUAGUAACAUUUACUCACUGACUGUAUCUAAACUUAUACACCGUCGGGUGUCAAACCACUUAAUAAAAGUAACAAAAAAUUAUGAGGAUGCGUUUUUACAUUCUGAGCUGAUGCGUGUAUGUUUUUUUGUUGUUGUUUUUUUUUUUUUUUUUUCGUUUUGCAUGUUAUGUAUGUUGUAGAUGAGGAGAGACGGUGGAAAAUGUGAAACGUCACCCUGCUGACAGACACCUCUAGGCAUAUUUUCUCUUUUCUUCCUUCUUUUCCUUUCACGUUUUGGUUUUCUGUUCGUAGUAAGAAGAUUCUCGAUUCUCAGUUAUGUACUACUUGAAGCUGCAGGAUGCACUGUGGGAACGAGGUCAUUUAGCUCUGCGUUCAGUGUCAGUAUUGUCAGUCAUCGCUUUUAGAUCCCGCUGGAUUUCUCUUCUUCGUUCUUUUUUUAAGUCCAGGAUUAUCAUAGAGUACUUGUAUUUUUUUAAGGGAUAUUGCCGCCUUAAACCUCUCUAUUCUCUGGGGAGGGACAAACAUUCAUGACAUGCACACACUCAGAACCCUAACAAACACAACGGUCUUGUCUCACGUUCGUUACCCCUUUACUUGUCACUCCCUACCCUGUCUUUGCGUAGUCGCCCAGCAUUAUUUUUUAUUUCUCUGUGCUUGUCCUUGUAUUGCUGCUAAACGUGGCUCUGGAUGUGGACACCUGCAGGUGAGAUCUGAUGGUCUAUGGUUACUACGGUUACCGUUACUCUGGGUGACCGAGAAUGCUGAAAGUACCCCCCAGUUUUAACUCGGUGCGGAGUGCCUCCCUCUAAAAUAUUAUAGCUCGAUUCCUUCGAGAGUAACGAAGUCGAAUCGGAAUUUAUGACGUCCAUUCAAAAGACAGGAGAAAAAAAAAAGAAAACAUUCAAGUGCUGCUUUGGGUUCAACAUGCAGCCUUUAACACUGGUGUUGAAUCGAAAAAUAAAAAGGAAUAAAUGACUUGACGGUUGAAAAGUACAAAGUUGUUGUAUAGCUGGUUGUGACGCUCCUUAAAUUUGGGAACUCUUGGGUCGAAUUAAGUAUUCUCAUAGACCUUGUUCCUUGUUAAAUAAUGAUGAUGCUAACAUUGUGGAAGUGUAUACACUUGUUUGAUUAUUUUUGACCAAAGUUAAAUAAAUUUUAAUUGUGUUUACCUGA